GCAGCAACCGCCGGCUACUCUUGAGUCUCGCGGCUGCGCCCGGGGCGAGCUUCCAGCGCUGGAGUUGGGUGAAGCAGUGGCCGGGGCGGAGGGAGGCCGGCGGGGCCGGGGCGGGAGGUACAGACCCAUGAAAUGGCCACAGAUGAUAAGACUUCCCCAACAGUGGACUCUGCUAAUGAUUUGCUUCGAUCUCCUACUAGUCCUUCUCAUCUCACACACUUUAAACCUUUGACUCCUGAUCAGGAUGAACCGCCUUUUAAAUCAGCGUAUAGUUCUUUUGUAAACCUUUUUCGAUUUAACAAAGAGAAAGGAGAGGGGGGCCAAGGAGAGCAGCAGUCUCAAAGUGGAAGCUGGUCCAGCCCUCAGCUCCCUUCGCGAACACAAUCUGUGAGGUCACCUGUUCCUUAUAAAAAGCAGCUCAAUGAGGAACUGCAGCGACGUUCUUCAGUAUUAGAUACAAGAAGGAAAGCAGAACCUACUUUUGGAGGUCAUGACCCUCGUACAGCUGUUCAGCUCCGAAGCCUCAGCACAGUAUUAAAACGUCUCAAGGAAAUCAUGGAGGGGAAAAGCCAGGAUAGUGACUUGAAGCAAUACUGGAUGCCAGAUAGCCAGUGUAAAGAGUGCUAUGACUGCAGUGAGAAAUUCACGACCUUCCGACGCAGGCACCAUUGCCGAUUAUGUGGGCAAAUCUUCUGCAGUCGUUGCUGUAAUCAAGAAAUCCCUGGAAAAUUUAUGGGCUAUACAGGGGACCUGCGAGCUUGUACAUACUGUAGAAAAAUAGCACUAAGUUAUGCUUAUUCCACUGACAGUAAUUCCAUUGGGGAAGACUUGAAUGCUCUUUCAGAUUCUGCUUGCUCUGUGUCUCUCCUUGAUCCGAGUGAACCCCGAACACCUGUUGGGAGUAGAAAAGCCAGUCGUAACAUAUUCUUAGAGGAUGAUUUAGGCUGGCAAAGUUUGAUUCGUCCAGACUCCUCAAAUUCCUCCCUUUCAACAAGACUUGUGUCUGUUCAAGAGGAUGCUGGGAAAUCUCCGGCUCGAAAUAGAUCAGCCAGCAUUACUAACCUGUCACUGGAUCGUUCUGGGUCUCCUAUGGUACCUUCAUAUGAGACAUCUGUCAGUCCCCAGGCUAACCGGAUGUAUGUGAGGACAGAGACCACUGAGGAUGAACGCAAAAUUCUUCUGGACAGUGUUCAGUUAAAAGACCUGUGGAAAAAAAUCUGCCAUCACAGUAGUGGGAUGGAGUUUCAGGAUCACCGAUACUGGCUGAGAACCCAUCCCAACUGCAUUGUGGGAAAGGAAUUAGUCAACUGGCUAAUUCGCAAUGGGCACAUUGCUACAAGGGCACAAGCUAUAGCAAUUGGACAGGCCAUGGUGGACGGGCGCUGGCUGGACUGUGUGAGUCACCACGACCAGCUCUUCCGGGAUGAGUACGCGCUGUACAGACCACUGCAGAGUACAGAACUUUCUGAGACACCUUCUCCAGACAGUGACUCGGUGAACUCUGUGGAAGGUCACUCGGAGCCAUCCUGGUUUAAAGACAUUAAGUUUGAUGACAGUGACACAGAACAGAUAGCUGAAGAAGGUGAUGAUAAUCUGGCUAAUUCUGCCAGUCCUAGCAAGCGCACCUCAGUCAGCAGUUUCCAGUCCACAGUGGACAGUGACUCAGCCGCUUCUAUCAGCCUGAACGUGGAGCUGGACAACGUGAACUUCCAUAUCAAGAAGCCCUCCAAGUACCCACAUGUGCCCCCUCACCCUGCUGACCAAAAAGAGUAUUUGAUUUCUGACACUGGAGGACAGCAACUCUCAAUAAGUGAUGCUUUCAUCAAAGAAUCCUUGUUUAAUCGUCGAGUAGAGGAAAAAUCCAAAGAGCUGCCUUUCACGCCUCUGGGCUGGCAUCAUAACAACCUGGAGCUCCUGAGGGAGGAAAAUGGAGAGAAACAAGCCAUGGAGAGGUUGCUGUCAGCUAAUCAUAAUCACAUGAUGGCACUUCUUCAACAGUUGCUCCAUAAUGACUCACUGUCACCCUCUUGGAGGGACAUCAUUGUGUCACUUGUCUGCCAGGUUGUUCAGACAGUCCGACCUGAUGUCAAGAACCAGGAUGAUGACAUGGAUAUCCGUCAGUUUGUCCACAUCAAAAAGAUUCCUGGUGGAAAGAAAUUUGAUUCGGUGGUUGUCAAUGGCUUUGUUUGUACGAAGAACAUUGCACAUAAAAAGAUGAAUUCCUGUAUUAAGAACCCCAAAAUCCUCCUGCUGAAGUGUUCCAUUGAGUAUCUAUACAGAGAAGAGACAAAGUUUACUUGCAUUGAUCCUAUUGUGCUUCAGGAAAGGGAAUUCCUGAAGAAUUAUGUUCAGCGAAUAGUUGAUGUUCGACCCACAUUGGUUCUGGUUGAGAAAACAGUGUCUCGAAUUGCCCAGGAUAUGUUACUGGAGCAUGGAAUUACCUUGGUCAUUAAUGUAAAGUCCCAAGUUUUAGAACGAAUCAGCCGCAUGACCCAAGGCGACUUAGUGAUGUCAAUGGACCAGCUGCUCACAAAGCCACACCUGGGCACUUGUCACAAGUUUUAUAUGCAGAUAUUUCAGCUGCCUAAUGAACAAACCAAAACGCUGAUGUUUUUUGAAGGUUGUCCCCAGCACCUUGGCUGUACCAUCAGGCUUAGAGGAGGCUCUGAUUAUGAGCUGGCUCGAGUUAAGGAGAUCCUGAUCUUUAUGACCUGUGUAGCUUACCACUCUCAGUUGGAAAUCUCCUUCCUCAUGGAUGAAUUUGCUAUGCCACCCAUGUUAGUGCAGAGUCCUUCAUUCCAUUCUCUGAUUGAGGGACGGGGCGAUGAAGGGACUGUACAAGAGCAGUCCAGUGGAAGCUCACUUCCCUGGGACCCGGACUGUCCUGCAGAGGUGCUGCCUUCUGAAGAGAGCACAUUGCUGGAAUCACGGAUUGUGUUUGAGAAGAGUGAGCAGGAAUGUAAAAGUAUUCCACAGACUGUUGCCUCCUCAAAGCAUCAAGAGUACACUGCAACAGCUUGCCCGGCCGGUAUUCCCUGUGCUCUCUUCCAGUCAGUUCCAGAGGCAUUGUUACCGCUCCAUGUGGAUCAACAAGAUUCAAUAGGCAGUGAGCAGCUAGAGCCUUUAAAGCAAACAGAAGAGCAACAGAUUCCUAAAAGUCAAAUGAGAGCCUUUAGAGACCCGCUACAGGAUGACACUGGAUUAUAUGUGACUGAGGAAGUCACUACCUCUGAAGAUAAGCGAAAGACUUACUCUUUGGCUUUUAAACAGGAAUUAAAAGAUGUGAUCCUCUGCAUCUCUCCAAUAAUCACAUUCCGGGAACCUUUCCUCUUAACUGAAAAUGGGAUGAGGUGCUCUACGCGAGACUAUUUUCCAGAGCAGAUCUACUGGUCUCCUCUCCUUAAUAAAGAGUUCAGAGAAAUGGAGAGCAGGAGGAAGAAGCAGCUGCUUAAGGAUCUCUCUGGACUUCAGGGUAUGAAUGGAAGUAUUCAGGCCAAGUCUAUUGAAGUCCUACCCUCACAUGAGCUAGUUAGCACUAGGAUUGCCGAGCCUCUGGGGGACAGCCAGAGCUUGGGCAGAAUGCUGGCGGAUUAUAGAGCCCGAGGAGGAAGAAUUCAGUCCAGAUAUUCAGAUCCAUUUGCUCACUCAAAGGAUCCAUUGAAUACUGCAAGUGGCAAAGCAGGAAGCAGAACGGAUGCUGAUGAAGAGAGAGGGUUGAUUCCCAGCGAUGGAGCAUGGUCCACGAAGGUGGACUGUCUGAAUCCUGCCAACCACCAGAGGCUGUGUGUGCUCUUCAGCAGCUCUUCCACCCAGUCCAGCAAUGCUCCCAGUGCCUGUGUCAGUCCUUGGAUUGUAACAAUGGAAUUUUAUGGGAAGAAUGAUCUUACAUUAGGAAUAUUUUUAGAAAGAUACUGUUUCAGGCCUUCUUAUCAGUGUCCUAGCAUGUUCUGCGAUACCCCCAUGGUGCAUCACAUUCGUCGCUUUGUCCAUGGCCAAGGCUGUGUGCAGAUCAUUCUGAAGGAGUUGGAUUCUCCAGUACCUGGAUAUCAACACACUAUCCUCACAUAUUCCUGGUGCAGAAUCUGCAAACAGGUAACACCUGUUGUUGCUCUUUCCAAUGAAUCCUGGUCUAUGUCAUUUGCAAAAUAUCUCGAACUGAGGUUUUAUGGGCAUCAGUACACACGGAGGGCCAAUGCCGAGCCAUGUGGUCACUCCAUCCACCAUGAUUAUCACCAGUAUUUCUCCUAUAACCAGAUGGUGGCCUCUUUCAGUUAUUCUUCCAUUCGGCUUCUUGAAGUAUGUGUUCCACUUCCCAAAAUAUUCAUUAAACAGCAGACCCCCCUGAAAGUAUCUCUUCUUCAGGACCUCAAAGAUUUCUUUCAAAAAGUUUCACAGGUGUAUCUAGCUGUUGAUGAAAGACUUGCAUCUUUGAAGACUGAUACAUUUAGCAAAACCAGAGAGGAAAAAAUGGAGGAUAUCUUUGCACAGAAAGAGAUGGAAGAAGUUGAGUUUAAGAACUGGAUUGAAAAGAUGCAGGCAAGGCUCAUGUCAUCCUCUGUAGAUACCCCUCAGCAGUUGCAGUCUAUUUUUGAGUCACUCAUUGCCAAGAAACAAAGUCUUUGUGAAGUGCUGCAAGCAUGGAAUAACAGGUUGCAGGAACUAUUCCAGCAGGAAAAAGGCAAAAAGCGGCCUUCAGUUCCUCCAAGUCCUGGAAGAUUGAGACAAGGAGAAGAAAGUAAGAUAAGUGGAAUGGAUGCAUCACCACGAAAUAUUUCUCCAGGACUUCAGAAUGGAGAAAAGGAGGAUCGCUUUUUGACAACACUGUCCAGCCAGAGUUCCACCAGUUCUACCCAUCUCCAGCUGCCUACUCCAACUGAAGUGAUGGCUGAGCAGCCAGGGGGAGGGACCUCCGAGCUGGAUACAGCCAGUGGUUCUGAAGAUGUGUUUGAUGGACAUCUGCUGGGCUCCACAGACAGCCAGGUGAAGGAAAAGUCAACGAUGAAAGCCAUCUUUGCAAAUUUGCUUCCAGGAAACAGCUAUAAUCCUAUUCCAUUUCCUUUUGAUCCAGAUAAGCACUAUUUAAUGUAUGAACAUGAACGGGUGCCCAUUGCAGUGUGUGAGAAGGAACCCAGCUCCAUCAUUGCUUUUGCUCUCAGUUGUAAAGAAUACCGAAAUGCCUUAGAAGAAUUGUCUAAAGCAACUCUGUGGAACAGUGCUGAAGAAGGCCUUCCAGCAAAUAGUACUUUAGACAACAGGCCCAAGAGCAGUAGCCCUAUUAGAUUGCCUGAAAUUGGUGGAGGACAGACAAGCCGUACAACAGAUGCAGAACCUCAGCCAACCAAAAAAGCUUCUGGAGUGUUGUCCUUCUUCAGAGGGACAGCAGGGAAAAGCCCUGACCUCUCUUCCCAGAAGAGAGAGACCUUACGUGGAGCAGAUAGUGCUUACUACCAGGUUGGGCAGAUGGGCAAGGAGGGAACAGAGAAUCAAGGCAUUGAACCUCAAGAUGAAAUAGAUGGAGGAGAUUCACAAAAGAAACAGUUUACAAAUCCUCACGUGGAACUUCGUAAGUAUGAAAUAAUAUAUUAUCCAUUUGGGGAUAGGAGGCCUACUGCCUUGGCCAAAAUUCUUGGCGUUUAUAGAAUUGGUUAUAAGAACUCUCAGAACAACACUGAGAAGAAGUUAGACCUCCUUGUCAUGGAAAAUCUUUUCUAUGGGAGAAAGAUGGCACAGGUUUUUGAUUUGAAGGGCUCACUUAGGAAUCGAAAUGUGAAAACUGACACAGGAAAAGAGAGUUGUGAUGUAGUCCUGCUGGAUGAAAAUCUUCUGAAGAUGGUUCGAGACAACCCCCUGUAUAUUCGUUCACAUUCCAAGGCCGUGCUGAGGACUGCCAUCCAUAGCGACUCUCAUUUCCUUUCUAGCCACCUUAUUAUCGAUUAUUCUUUGCUGGUUGGGCGAGAUGACACUAGCAAUGAGCUGGUAGUUGGAAUUAUAGAUUAUAUUCGAACAUUUACAUGGGACAAAAAGCUUGAGAUGGUUGUAAAAUCAACAGGAAUUUUAGGAGGCCAAGGUAAAAUGCCAACUGUGGUUUCUCCAGAGUUGUAUAGGACUAGGUUUUGUGAAGCAAUGGACAAGUAUUUUCUUAUGGUACCAGACCACUGGACAGGACUGGAUCUCAGUUGCUGAAGUCAGGCAUAUAUUCUGAAAUGGACUGUGAAGAAAAGAGGGCAAGAACAAGGACCAAAAUAAUUGUAUUUCUUCAUCACUUUACCACUGUGUGUAAAAGCCUUUUUAGUUCUGUGUCUCUUUAAAGACUGUCUGUAACUGAAGGGUAAAAGGCUCCAUGGAUUUGCACUUUUUUUAGAUACCUGUGAAUAAGCUAUCUAUAGAUUAGAAAGUUGUGUGAAUAUUUUCUCAUUUAGGCUGAAAACACAGAUCCAUUUUGGAGGGUUAAGGUUAGAGGUGAGUAGAUGUAUGAUGUCUUAUUUGCCAAUGUAAGUGUUUGGAGAAGAAAACUAUACAUAUCAUAGAUUGUGACUACCCUGGCUUCAUAUUUGAGACAUUCUUUUUACUUAAAAUAUUGGGGAUCUGUUAAAUUUGUCUUGUGGUACAUAUAUAAUAAUAAUUUAAUGUUACAUGUUAUCAGGAUUUCUGAAACUUUCAGAAACAUUCUGAUUUAUUCCAUUAUUGGCCAGUUAAACAGGUUGACCUUUUUUGUUUUACUGAAUAAUUUAACAUAUAUUGGGAAUCCUGUUAUGUUCUGUUUUCCAGCUUACCUUGGUUUUUAGCAUGUUUGGUGCUUCAACAUUCUAUCUUUAUGGGUGCAAGAAGCUAGAUCCAUUAACUUUAAUCCCCUCUUCAGCAUUUUAAAACUUGUUUCAAACUCUUGUGUAGUUAUAUCUCUGCAUAUGCUUAUAUAAUAGAUUUCCCUUCUCCUUUUCAGGAAAACAUAGUAAAGGAUUCACUAGUAAUUGUCUGCAGUUGCUGAAUCCAUAAAGGAAGAAUUCUGAUAUAAAAAAGAAACUAGUUCCAACCCAAGAAAUUGGGUGAGAAGAGAGCACUUGAUUAGUUUUUAUAAGGGUAAAAUACCUUUCAGUAUUAAGUGGCAUUUAUUUCCAAUAUGGAAAGUCCUGUUUUCUAAUUUCUACACAUAGACCAGUUUUGCUGCUGAAACCUGCUGAUAGUUACUCAUAGUAAGGAACUUCUUAUUUAAUAGUCAGCAAUUGUGCUCACUUUAGAAAGGAGUACUGAAUUUUCUGGGGAUGCAGCUCAGCUGUAUAAGUGCCUGCCUAGCAAGCAUAAGGUCCUGAGUUAGAUCCAUAGUACUGAAAAAAAAAGGAGUUGAAGUAGAAAGAAGUACUGAAUUUGAGGAAAUAGUACUAUAGCCUCAUAAUAUUUCCUCUUGAGUUCUUCUGUAACAAGACUGAUUUAGGGGAUUCAUAGUUUUUAGGAUUAUACUGUUUUCAGAUUUCCAAGAAUAGCAUGUUAAUUGUCACUUAAAAAUAGUUGGAUGUGUUUAGUUAUACAGCAUAAUAAGUACAUGACACAUUUUAGAAAGUAUGCUUUGCAGAAUGAAGGCAGUGUUUUGGUAUUUGUUGCUUAUUAAAAACGUGGAUAAUUUUGAACUAAGGCAAAUUGACCAACAAGUUAAGACAGAUCUGAUUGUCCUCCUUGCCCCAUAUGUGCCUUUUGAAGGUACACAGAAUACUGACUUUAGUUUUAAUGUCAGAAACUAGAAGGGAAAGAUGGGUAGAACAUUAUUAACUUUUUACAUACAGAGGAACAAUGGAUGUUGUGUCUGAAUUGAAAUGCCAACAGUUUUUUGUUUUUUCAUUGUUUUUUGUGUCAGGAUCCUUAGAGUUACUUAUCCUCUUCAUUUUCUGUAGAAACAGAAAGUGUCCCCCUACUCACAGCUGUAAUUGGGAAGUUUCUUUUUAGUUUCAUUAUCAUUUGCAGAAUUGGAAAGCUCUGUGAGACUAGUUCUUGAUAAAAAUAUGGUUUGUUGGUUUCUCUUUCCCUUGCCCAUGACUUGAAAAAUAAUUUUUUAGAGCCUGCUGCCUCUUUCAUAAUUUUAUUGUUAGGCAUUCUUCAGCAAGAGUUGUUGCUUCACAGAGGUGGUCUGGCCUUUAAACAUGGAUAUGUGGGGGAAAAAAUGGAUAUGUAGAUUGAAUUAAUGAAGAAGAAAUACAAAUUUUACUCUUUGUUUUGAGUAGAAUUCUUGUUUAGGCUACUACUUAUGUAUAAGGUGUUUCAAAUACCAUGCUACUCAAUUUAAACAUUGAAUGACUAUUUUCUUCUCUUGAAUUUCCUUUUAAGACCUAGAGAUAUUAAUGGUAAUAAAUUAUGAAUGAGGAUGAAAACGUAAUACUUCUUUCUGUAGGAUACAAUAUGAACUCUGAAAAUAAUAGCAGGAGAAAGCUGUGUCAAUAUGUUGCUUUGUGUAAAAGUCUUAUUUGUAAAUGUGAUACUUUUUGAUGCCAUCAAAAAGUUUAAAAAAUAGCCAGUACCUUUUUCUUAUCAGCCUAAGAAAAAUAAGGAGAACAAGCUGUUGUAAGCUCUUUUGUAACCUACUACAUACUUUGAAUUUAUAGGUACUCAAAAUUUCCUAUAGAAUGUCUUUAUAAUUUUUUCUUGAUUCAGCAGUGAGUGGUUUUCUAGCUUAGGCUCUUACUUAGUAUUGUAAAUUGUAGGGUCUUGGCAUCAGGUUUUGUGAUGGCAUUGUGGUCAUCAAUUUUUUUUUUUUUUUUUUUUUUUUUUUUUUUGCAUUUUACUCAUUAGCAGUGGGCUUUAUGAAACUGCCAUGGAAAAUAAUCCACUUGUCGAAAGUUGGCUUAGCUUGAUGGGUGAAAACUUAUGAAUGAGCCCAGUGGGAAAUCUUGGGCUGUUUAUUAUUUCUUACAUGUUAACACUAAUUUCUGCAGUAUUCAAAACAUUUUGUGCAAUGCCUUUUCUGUUCAUUUUUGUAACACGGGUGCAGUGUAUUAUACAAAAUGAAAACUACAAUCAUUAGCAGUUUUAGUAAUACUGCUUUCAGUUUUGUAAAAAAAAUGUACAUUAUGUCUUUUGACAGGUUGAAUUUUAAAACUGGAGAAAUAACAUUGUAAAUCAUAAUAGUCUUAAUAUGAAAAGCUCAAUUAACAAUACUGAAAGUACUUAUUGUAUAAUAAUGUAUAUAUUUCUCUACUCUGGUUCCAGUUGUUUUAUAUACCUGACCUGUUAUUUAAAAGACAACUACCUUGACCUUUUAGAGACUUGUACUAUAAAUAAAGAAGA